UCAGACACACACUUUUAUGGCAGGGUGUAUGCGCGUGUGCGUGCACACAAGAGUUAAGGUGACAGCACAGACUCCGGAAAGACCACAGUCACACCAGGACCAGAGGACGACACAUCAGACAAAGAAGACACCAUGACUGGCAACAAAUCAAAGAAGACCAACAUUUCUUCAUCCCCCUCAUUUCUUGACAAGGCAAGUGGAUUCUACGGACGCCUAGAGGAGACAGAGGUUGAACAGUGUGAUGGGGCCACACCAGAGACAACACAACAACAAGGAAUGACCACAGGAGUUGGGAUGCUUGAGAAGUCAUGUGAACAGAAUCGAAUGAAAAAGGAGCCUGGUGUUUUCGACUUCAACCAAGGCAUGAUGGAAGAUGAUGGGACAACCACUCUCCUGCGAAGAAAACCGAGUCGAUGGAGCAGACGAAGCUCCAGGAAAGCCAAAGCAGACAAAAGCUCCUCAGAGAAGAAGAACCAGAAGAACAACCAGAGCCUUGGCACAGACUCCAAUACAACCCCCGAGUGCGACCCAUCAUCUGAAACCCAGACAGAGGGACUUCCAGCAGUCCAGGAGCCUGAGCCCGUCAUAGUUCACUUCUCUAUCAGGGAGGAGGCCGAUGACCAUGCCCUCCUACGGGGACAGAACUGUGAGACUGGAGUAAAAGGGAAGAUGAAGGCAAAGGAGAACCAAAGAGAAAAUAAUGGCGAGCAGCUAAAGGUCGCUAAAAGAAGCACACUGAAGCUCUACCGUAAGGCAGUCGAUAGGGCUUUUCGCCGAGGAUGGGAGACCUUCGUCACCAGUCUGUACAGUGUGUCUUUGAUCCCUGUAACGUCUACACCAGCAUCUCCAUCAUCUGGAAAAGCUGAAAAACGCCAUGGAUCCGUACUAAUCGACUACAGAUAGGUCAGCUAAUGGAAAGAGCAUUUGGAUAUUCAGAACACACUGUUCUGUUAGGCGGGUCAAGGUUCAACGUGUUAAGACAGCCUACUGUGUUCUGAUGUUUGCAUGUAACUAUACUUAGCAUUUUAUUACACUGUAUAAACUGAUAUUGACCUUAUUUUAGGUAGGUUAUCUGUUCAGUAACCAGAGACUGUUGUCAAAUUAAUGACUUUUAAGGGGACAUAGCCAUUAUGAAGCAAUAUUUCUUGUGCUGAUGUGAGCCUAUUCCUCUCAAAUUGGGUUGUUAUAUCAUAAUUAGCUAACUGAGAUUGUCCUUAAACCAUAUUUAGUUUACAUGUGCCUCACUUUAAGGUAUUUAUUAUUAAUUUAUUUAAGAAAUGUCUACAAUUUUAUGCUCAGACUCUCACUUUUAGCCAUGACAUCUAGGAAAAGGCACUACCUAGAAGAGCUGAAGGGACAGAGAUUCACCAUUCACAUGAGAGCAACAUGUUAUUUUGAGGAAAGUGUACUGACAUUAUGUUCUAAAACAUUUUUGUGUUGUGGCAUUUUUAGUCUUGAGUCACAGCAAUGUUGUUUAUAUUGCUUAUAUCGCUCAAGUUGUAAUUUUCAAUAAAACUGACAGGAUAUACCA